AAGAAGGCGUUUCCCAGCGGAAGUCUUUUUUUCAUGUUCCGGUUAAUUUUAGUUUUUUGAGGUUCCGCGCGCUCCGUUCGCAUUCCUCAAACUCUAACACUAAUAAGUACAUAGCUAGCUACGUGUUCAAGAUGUCGAACACCAAACUACAGAAUCUUAGGGGCUUUUUAACUGAACGAUUUACGACCGUGGCUGUGGAGAUAUUUGGAGAGAUUGAAACUAUUGUGGAGGCGUACUACGAGGAAAACAAACGCCUGCGGAAUGUACUGCACAUGGUCAUCAAUCCCGAGAUAAAGUUACCCAGGAUAGAUGUUAGUAACCAAUACACUGGAGCAACAACAGAUGUCAGAGAGCAGCCCCCUGACAUCAACACUAGGGUGGACUUGGAAAAAUCAGAGCUGUUGUCUAAAACACCCAAAGAAGAGGAAAUUGAAUUUGACAUAAGUUGGGAAACAGAGCAACAGCAUGGGCCGGGGGAAGCUGAACUCUUUAUUGCCCCAGAUUGUGUGAAAAAUGACCCAGAAGAAGAAGAUGCAAGAAUGCUCUGCAUUGCAGACUCACUCCACGUGAAAGUGAUUGAGUACAACCCCGUUUCUCCAGACACUCUCUCAACUGGUGAAGAUAAGGACUGUUUUGAAUCGGACUCAGAGAGAAUCACAGAUUUCCCACAGCUAUCCAGGACCAAAGAAAGCUCAAGGGAAAGUCGGGAACCCCAAGAACAUGAUAUACCCUCAGCUAAUGAAGAUGAGGACUGUUGUGCAUCAGACUCAGAGAGACUCACAGAUUUCCCGCUUCUAUCUAGAAGCGAAGAUAGCUCAAGUGAUAUAAAGUCAAGGGAAAGAUUAAUGACGCCAAAGAGGUCCCUGCAGAAAACCAUGCUCGAAUUACCAAGGAUGGUGGCCCAACAGUGUGUCAUUCCUGCCCCAACUGACUGCAAGGCCUUUUUGGCAAGGCUCACAGACGCCUUCAAGGAUUUUCCGGAUGACAAGAAGCCUCUGAUAACCAAAAUGGGCCUCACUGAGAAUGUGGAAUUAGUGGACUGUGCUUUUGGCAAAGUCCCUAAAGGUUCCCCCCUGUCCUACCAGUUUCCAGUGCCAUCAGGUCAGGAUUACAAGACUCAUGACAAUACUCCCCCUCGACCGCUGCUUCCCCUGAGUGAUCACAAACUGGAGCCAGUCUUGGGUUCUCCUAGCCUCAGUGCCAAAGAGCGUGAACAUAUGGAAGUCAUGCAAAUCACCUGGGAGGCAGCACGCCGUCUGGAGCACUCCACACGUGGCUGCGAGGAGGCAGCAAAUGAGCUGCGCAAGCUGCGCCUGACCAGUCAUUUUAGGGAGAUCUGCGAACUUAAACCAGGAUGGUGCAAUGAAAAGCUCCUGAUACUCAAGAUGCAGAAAGAUUUGUCCAUGUGCAAGGCAACACAGAAAGAAAAGCAAAUGAAGGCUGAGGCACUUCGGGAAUAUUGUAACCGUUUGUGUGUCAACUGGUCCCCCUGCGGUUUGGUUGUGCAUCCGAAUGCUCCGUGGCUGGGGGCGCUGCCUGACGGGUUGGCGUACGACCCCAAGGAGAAAGACAGUUUUGGGCUGGUGCAUGUCAAAUGCAUCAGGUUUCCGAGCUUCAUCGACUGUGGGUUCCUGUCCUGCCAGGAUGGAGUCUUGCAACUGAAGAGGAGCCACUCGCACUACUGGCACAUCCAAGGAGAGAUGAUGGUGACGGGCACAGAGUGGUGUGAUCUGUUGGUGUUUUCCAGAAAUGACAUACUGGUUCAACGCAUCUACAGAGACUUGGUUAUUAUCAAGGUCAUGAAGAAGAAGUUGGAUGAUUUCUUUUUCCAAUUCUACCUGCCACAUCUGCUGUAAGUGAUCUAACAGAUGUUUGAGCAUCAUCACACUGCUGUCAGACUCUACUUGCUGUUCCCCUCAGGUCCUUAGUUGUAAGUUUUAAGAGAUUGUAAACUACUUGAAUGUGAUCUUUUCUGACUGCUAAUGUUCUGUUCAAUUUUUGGAUCUUUUGUAUUUCUUUUACUUUGAAAUGACACACAUCGUAUGCAAUUUGAAACUAAAGUUGAGUUAUAUUUGACAUGUUUACCACUCUUGCUACUCUCCAAAGGGGCCCUGUUCUAGGGCUGCACCUACUGUAAAGGCUAUUUUUUGUACUAUUGCUUUUGUUUAUCUGCUGUUCAUUUACUUGAUUAUUAUAUUAAUAAUUUAGUCCACAGAAGGUCAGAAAAAGGUGAAACAUAUUUACCUCAGUUUUCCAGAGGCCAAGCUCACAUGGAUUACGUCUGAUGGUUUAAUAUCCUGCAAGACUUAGAAAACCAGCAAAUCUAUACGUUUGAGAAACCAGAACAAGGGGAUAUUUGGUAUUUUUUUCUUAAAAAGAUGUACGUACUUGGUUGAUCGAUUACUAAAAUUGUUGCAGAUUAAUGUUUUUGUACUUUAUUUUUUUUAUUGUUGAUUUGUCAAACAAAGCAUUUUUUUCAAAUGUUGACACUUAUGGGGAAUUUCAAGAGACUACCAAGCACAAUAAAUGGUAAAUGUUGCUGGAGUU